AUGAGUGUACCGAAAACCACCUUAGUGGUGCCCAAUGCCAAUACCUUCACUACACUGCCCGAACCCCGGAUCAAACGUAUGAACCCUUACCAACUUCGAGAAAUCAAUGGCGGCCACCAAGUCGGGAUCGGCUAUCCAUCAAACGACCCUCCAGGCUAUACAUCUGUGUAUGUCAACGUGCCGAUCAAGGUCUUACGAGCAGCUAUGCCAGCUCUCGAUUUGAUAAUCAAGCAGAAGGCUAUCUCGGAUACGACUAUUCGUGCUGUCGUUCUCCCUACGACGGAUUACCAGGCAAUUAGAGACAUAUUUGGACACCUCAAGGAUACGGUCACUACUGCUUGGCGGAAGCCAACACCAAUUGUUGAGUUCGCACCUCUAUCUGUGUAUGCACGAAACGCAGAAGCUGCAUGUGCGAUGGGCAUGACAGACAUAAGGGAAGACUAUCAGAAGAAGAUUAGCCGUCUGCUAAAGCCUGAUCUUUAUAAAACACGUCUCCAGAUUCCCAAGGAGGAGUUGGAAACUGUCUGUGUACACCCUGACAAGUCAUCGGCCUUGCGUAUAGCGGUGGUGUCGGCAAUCGCUCGAGCAAAUAUGGCUGAGCGACUCGGCAACGCCGAUGACGUCUGGACUGUCCGAAGACAGUAUCGGGAUUUCGACCAGGAAAUCGUGGCUGCCAUGGGACCCUGGGCUCUGAAGAUGAACCUGGGUGAAGACAUCAGGGUAGCUGGUGUCUAG